CGAUGAUCCAAAUGUCAUUUUCUCUAAAACAAACAAUGUUGCCGAUUCGUUAGACUCUAGAGUAUUGUCGGAAUUUGGAAACAUUUUUUUAAGUGUAUUUUAUUUUGUAAUAAAAAUUAAUUUUGCUUACGAUUAUGUCUGUAACAAACUGUUUAAUAAAUAAAUGUAGAAUAUGUUUUCACGGUGAUGAAAACCAACAAAUGCAUCCCUUUUUCGACUCAUGUUUAGAAGACAUAAGUUUAGCUACAGUAUUUGUAAAUAUUACCUCAAUACAGAUUCAAAAAAAUGAUUGCUUUCCAAAAACUAUAUGUACAUCAUGCAAAACAAAUAUUGUGAAUUUCAAAAAUAUGUUGUUAUUUUUUCAAAAGACAGAAAAUUUUCUUAAGAAACAUAUAUGCGAAAAGAAAGUGGAAUAUGAAAAUGAAUUACAUAGUUUUCGUGAUAUUGAAUUUGCACAAAAUGUUGAUUAUUUUGAUGAUAAUGAUCAUAGUAAUGAAACAGAUAUCUGUGGGGAUGGAGAUUUUAACUCUUCAGUGAUGAAUCGUGAAAAUAAACCACCGGUAGCGGAAAACAGGGGAAAUCAAGAAUAUAACAAUAUGGAUUCGUUUAAAUAUACUUGUCAAUGUGGAGAUUGCUUUUUAUAUAAAAGUGGGUUCCGUCAGCAUAUGCAGUAUAAGCAUAGUAUUUUAUUAGAAGAUGGCGAUUUUGAACAGUACUCCGAAAAAAUUACACUAAAAAUACCUAUCGGAUUUCCAAAUAACGUAGAAUUUGUUUCUUCUAAAGUGACAAUAAGAACUAAGAACUUGCGAUGUCGAAUUUGUGACGAGUCAUUUUUAACUAAAGAUGAAGUAAAAUCACACGAAGUAAUUCAUAAAACAUUCAUAUGUGAUCAUUGUGGUGCAGCUUUCUUAAAGAAAAAUUAUCUCGUCGAUCAUCUAAGAAUACAUUCAGAAGAAAGGCAUUAUGAAUGUAAAAUUUGUCAAAAAACAUUCAAACAUAGAUAUACUUAUAGUGUCCAUAAAAGAUCGCACGAAUUUACUAGGAAUUUCGUAUGUGAAACUUGUGGAACAUGUUUUAAAACUAGAGGUACAAUGAGGACUCACAUUAGAAUCAAACAUAGCAACAUACGAAAUUACUCUUGUUCCGAUUGUAACUUAACGUUCAAUUUAAAAUCCACUUUGAAUAAACACUUUGCUAGAAAGCACACCCCGGAUAGGAAAAAAAGUUUUGUUUGUAAUAAAUGUGGGGCUGCGUAUUUGAACAAGAACACGCUCACUCGUCAUAUAACUGAAAAACAUUUAGGCAUGGCAAAAUAUUUUCCUUGUACUAUAUGCGAAAAUAAAAUGUAUGUGAUGAAAAAAGGUUUAAAAGCACACAUGUUGAAGAAACAUGGGAUUGUGUAUGAAUGAAAGAAAUUCUUAAUAAAAAAUGAAAUCAACAUUGGUACAGGAAUUUGUUUCACCUUGAACUCAAGGGUCUAAAAAGAAAUGAUUUGGAAAUUAUUAUUUGUUGUAGUGUUUCUAAAGAGACUGACUGGAGCUUUGAUAAUAUGCUAAAAAGAUAUUUUUAUGAAACACAUUCAUUCAAUUAGACCUAAAAGCAAUAAAUAUACGGAUCGAAAUAUUGUGAUUUAUUAUUAAAUAAAAGAUUGUUUAUAUCAUUUUGUGAAUAAUGAAAAUCCAAGCAAAAAAAUUGUAUAGAUUAUUUUUUUUUUAAAUACAAGUAAUAAUGACCA